AUGGCAUCUCCGUACAACCCAGAAAGAGUCGAUAGAGGUAGCAAGGAGAAAGAUCGCGAGGAUGAACACAAUGAUAGAUCAGUUGAUGAGGAACUUAGCAUCACAACAGUGAAGGUUGGGUAUCUCAUGAAGCAUUCUCGUCAAAAAGAUUUUGCUAAGAGAGGCACCUUCCCUGAUGGUGUAACUCCAAACGGAUUGCUGUUUCAGCGCUUGUCUUUUGAGAAACCCCUGCUACCUCAAUUAGAAGAUGUUGACAUAAUUUUGCAUAAAGCAACAGAUGAAAUCAUCUCCGUUGAUUUACGUGACUCUACAGAAUCAUCAAAUGCUAUCACUUACACAAAAGGAAUGCAAGAAUUGAAAAGAUAUAUGGAGCAGCAUGUUGAAUGCUGUGUAAUCGAUCCACUUGAUAAAAUAUAUCCUGUUGUGGAUAGACUGAAAAUACAACAAAUUCUGAAUGGGUUAGAGGAUCUUCCCAAAGGACGCUGCUGCUGCAUUAGAGGGCCCAAUUUCCUAAAGGUUGAUGACUUCAAUGACCCUGAGAUGGAUCAAAGACUAUCUGCUGCGAAAUUAUCCUUCCCGAGUAUAGUGAAACCCCAAGUUGCUUGUGGUGUUGCUGAUGCUCAUAGCAUGGCGAUUGUCUUUAAAUCUGAAGAUUUUAAGAACCUAAGUGUUCCUCUACCAGCAGUUGCUCAGGCAAGUAUGGACAUUUUAGCUGCUUUUGAAUAUGUAAACCAUUCAUCAAGGUUGUUCAAGAUUUAUGUCAUUGGCAAGAAAGUUUUCUAUGCCGUUAAGAGGUCUGUACCAAAUGCUGAUAUAUUGACGAAAAUGGCAAUUGAAAAUGGGAGUUCACCUUUAAUCUUUGACAGCUUGAAAUCAUUACCGACUAGCACAGACAGCUUGCACGGUGGGGAGUCCUCCAGGGCCACUUUGGACCACUUUGAUAUUGAUUUAGUCACAGAUGCUGCAUAUUGGUUAACCAGAAAGCUUCACCUUACUGUCUUUGGCUUUGAUGUUGUUGUUCAGGAAGGCAGCAAUGACCAUGUCAUUGUGGAUGUAAAUUACCUUCCAUCAUUUAAGGAAGUGCCGGAUGACAUUGCCAUACCAGCCUUUUGGGAUGCGGUAAGAGAGAAGUUUGAAUCCAUGAAAAUCUGA